CUGAUAAAACGACAUGUUUGCAUUUUGUUUGACCUAACCAUGCAGAGCGGCUGCAUGUAAGUUUGAGCCAGCGAUGUUCUGAUUUCAAGGCUAACAAAACUACAGCGAAAGAGAAGAUGCUGGCGAGCUUGAUUCGACGUUUGGAGGAGCCCGACAUUGAAGUGGUCAACUGCCAUGCAAUUUCUUUGGAUGAACAGUUCCUGGCACUUUGUGCAAACGCAGAAGAGAUUUACAUCUUUGAGCUUGUUUCAGAGCAGUACCAGCGAACGGAUGCAGUACUGGCCAAGCAUUCACAGAGGGUGACAGGGCUUGACUGGUCCUGCCAUCGGCGCUUGCUAUCCGUUUCAGAGGACCGAACUGCUUUUGUUUGGCAGCAAGACAGCGAUGGAAAAUGGAGGCCUUCCAACGUUGAGCUUAAGGCACAGCGUGCAGCUUUGUGUGCAGCCUGGUCUCCAGAUGGUGAUCGGUUUGCAGUAGGCCUUUCUUCCAAGGAUACAGCCCUUUGCUAUUGGCACGAGGAGGUGAAUUGUUGGGUGGCCAUGAAAGUGGGCAAAGCCAAAGCAGCAAUCACAGCCCUGGCUUGGCAUCCCUCAUCUCAGUACCUCGCCACAGGCUCCACUGACCGGCACUGCGUGGUCUAUGAUGUCUCAAUGUCUGAGGAGGGCGCCGGGCCUGGCUUCGGCACACCUCAGGUUACAGAAGAUGCAGGUGCAUGGAUCAACGACAUUGCGUUCAGCAAUGGCAACGUUUUGGCUUUCACCUGUCAAGAUGCAACUGUGAGAUUCAAGUCUUUGGUGGAUGGCCGUGACGCUCCGGUGGAAAAUAUCAGGUGGCGGGGUCUGCCUUUCCUAUGCUUAGCCUUUGUGGGUCGCACUCAGCUUGUCGCAUGUGGCUUCGACUAUGUGCCUGUGUUGUUCCUGCAGCGGGAUGGAGCCUGGCAGGUUGCUGGUAAACUGGACCUUGGAGCUGCAGUUCCGAGCAGCGGCCCUGGUGGAGUGCGAGAAUCCUAUGAUGAAGCGCGGAAACGCUUUCGCCCCACAAGCAGCGGCAAGGCAGCCACCUCGGAACAUAGCAAUACCAUUACAUCAUGCUGCCCAUUCAAAGAUGGACGAUUCUCAACGUCCUCACUAGAUGGCACAGUUAUUGUUUGGGAGCUUUCGUGACUGAGGGGCUUGCUUCCGUCAUAGCCCUCUCAGCCAGUGGCUUGCUUGGAGAAAA